AUGAUAGGAGCUCGUUUAAUUUCCCAUAUCACGCCUAUUUUUAAAAGAUUCCAUUCGAAAGUCAGUUAUCACUGUUGGACCGACAGUAACAUUGCGCUUUGUUGGAUAAAAAGUUCUUCUACUAAGUGGAAACCGUUUAUUGAGAACAGAGUUCGAGAAAUCCAAUCAUUAACAGAUCCAAGCAGGUGGGAAUUUUGCCCCGGCCGAAUGAAUGUUUCAGAUAUAAUAACAAGAGCAAAGAGUAUAUCUGAAUUGAUAAAAUGUGAAGCAUGGUUUACUGUUCCCGAAUGGUUAAAAAAUGAAGAAGAUUGGCCAAAAUCAAUAACCGUUGAUAAUUUCUGCGAUGAAGCUUUAGGAAUGAAAGUGCGAAAACAAGAAGUUUUAUUCCUAGCCACAGUCAAUGAAGAUCUAUUGGAUUUGAAACGUUACGGAAGUUACAGAAAAGUUCUACGAGUAACCGCUUACAUCAGAAGAUUUAUUUAUAAUUGUCGACACGACGAUAAAAGAGUUGGUUCUUUAAACGCUGAUGAAAUUAAUGAAGCUGAAAAUUACUGGAUUUUGAAUGCUCAAGAACAUGCUUUCUUUUCAGAAAAAAACGCAUUAAUUAAGGGAGAAGAGUUAGAAAACAAUUCGAAAAUUAAAUGCUUUAACCCGUUUUUGGAUGAGAAUAAAAUAAUAAGAUUAGGAGGAAGGUUACAAUUUUCCAGUUUAACAGAAGAAGAAAAACAUCCCAUUUUGUUAUCAAAUAACAAUGAAAUUACAAAGCUAUUAAUCCAUGAAAAUCACGAAAAAGUUGCUCAUGGUGGCUUAUCUGCAACUCUAACGAACUUAAGACAGCGAUUCUGGAUACUAAAGGCGACAAAAGUUACGAAAAGUAUCAUUAAGAAGUGUUUAAUUUGUAGAAAACAUCGUGCAAAACCAUUUUGUGAAGUUACUGCUCCUUUACCAGCAGAUCGUAUUAUGAAAACCAGCGCUUUCGAAGUUUCAGCAGUAGAUUUUGCAGGGCCAAUUUAUAUAAAGGAUAAACACGCAACACAAAAGGCUUACAUUUGCUUGUUUACUUGCGCUACAAGCCGGGCAGUACAUCUCGAACUGGUAUUGAAUCUCAGCACAGAGACUUUUAUUUUGGCUUUUAAGCGAUUCAUUAAUCGGUGA